AAUGUAUUUCAAUCCUGUUUCACAUUUCAUUUCGCUAUCUUUUAGUUUCGUAAAUAUCUUUUCUUUUGCCGCGACAAAAUGACACCGUCUUCCACUUUCCUAUCACUCGCCGGACCCGGAGUUCCGGUCUCUUUUUCCGGCGAAACGGGUCAUCCCCAAACCAAGUGUUCUCCAAAACCCAGAAAGGUUUUCAGUAGUUUCUCCAAAAAGUUGCUUCCUUUACAACGCCACAGCAUCAAUGGUUUGAAUUUCAAGAGAAGAAACUCACUUUUGAGCUUUGCAUUCGGUAAAGAAGCCAAUGACAAUUUUUUCUCGGAUGUAGGUGAAGAUACCGAUGAUAUGUAUGAUGAAUUAUUAAGUAACUAUGGAGAAGUGGUAUAUAAGAGAAAAGACCAAAAGCCUGCAAGUGCAGAGCUGGACGAUGAUGCCGAAAGCCUAUCAUUUGCUGUGGAAUUGGCAACAGUUGCAAGUGAGGUUAAGGCGGGCGAUAUAAAAGUCUUGUUUGUGAAGCCACUUGUUUAUUGGACUCGAUUUUUUAUCAUAGCUACAGCAUUUUCUCGUCCCCAAAUUGACGCUAUCGGGUCGAGAAUUAGAGAUCGAGCAGAAAAGAAAUAUGGUAAAAUUCCAAGCGGAGACACAAAACCUAACUCAUGGAUGCUGUUGGACUUCGGUGAUGUUGUUGUCCACCUAUUUCUUCCCCCACAAAGAGCUUUCUAUAAUUUGGAAGAGUUUUAUGGUAAUGCAACAUUAGUAGAGCUGCCUUUUGAAAACGAACAACCAUUUCGCAAUGAGGGAGCCUAUGGUUUGUUAGAUGAUGCAGAAAGUUGAUUAGUUGUUAGCUUGGAGAAGACCAAUGAUUGCCGCCAAUUUUGGUUUGUUUACAUGACUAUGAUGUAGACAACUCAAUACACUUCUCAACACAGGACUUUGCUUGUAUGAGAGUGUAGGCUUAAUCCACUGCAGAAAGGAAAAGGACAGUUUCAAUUGAUUCAAUGCAUUCAGUUUUUUCUUUAUUUAUUUCUUAGGGUGGUGGUAAUUCCUCUAAGAAAAUUGUAAUAGAUGGGUUUAGGAGAAGGUGGGAGUAGUAAAUUAGAAAAGUAGAUCAUAAUUAUUUGUAUUCAUCAGCUGGUUCUGGGAAUCUAUCUAUAUUUAUGUGGUAUAGUUUGAUUUUUUUA